AGUCUAAGUGGGACUCGCAUUCUGUCUCGCGUACGGAAUGCCGUCAAGACUAGAUGAGCUCCAUGUGGGCGGCGGAAAAAUAGCCUCAUUGCCUAUCGUUUUUACCAAUGACUCCAAAUAUUUCUUUUGCGCGUGCGGGUCGACCGUGAAGAUGUUCAGUACGACGACUGGAGAGCAGACUCGUGUUUUGAAUGGACACGACGCCGUGGUCAUUGGAAUGGCGAUCAACCCAGGAAACCCCCUUCAGCUCUACUCUUUUGGAAAGGAUCAGAAGAUUUGUCUAUGGGACUACAACGAUGCCAUCAUCUUAUCGACUUUUUUCACUGGUCUGAGCGUUGAGCAUUUUGCCUUCAACCCAAAGUUCAAUGAUGUCGUCUAUCUCUCGAGCGUUGGACCUAGAGAAGGGAAGCCCAAGUCCGAAACAUAUUCCAUCUACAGCUUUCACCUAGGAGACGGCGGACAGAUGGAGCGGACGAAACAAGGAAAAAAAUCUUUGGAUUUGAUUACACAGGUCAAGGCGAGAAAAAGAAGUAAAUUUCUGGUAACACCGAACGGAGAUUACCUGGUAAUUCAGGCCAAAUACCAUUGGAAGUUGUUUGAUCUGGAAACCAAACAGACGUUUAAGUAUCCCCAUAGGAACGCCAUUUCGUGCUGUACAAUUCACCCAAAACAACACUUUGUGGCAACUGGAGACGAUCACGGGGAAAUCACGUUUUGGUACGUUUUUAGUGAACACAGUAAUACCGUUGUUUUGACAAACAAGAGCAAAACGGUUUCCGGCAGAAAUGGCGGUAACUCUGCCCCUCUUUCCGUGCAAGCCGAUCCCAUUACGACCUCCAUGCACUGGCAUCCGCACCGCGUCUGCGCCAUCGACUUUGAUUCCAGCGGGACUUAUCUUUAUAGCGGUGGCUACGAAAUGGUACUGGUUGUGUGGCAAUUGGAGUCAGGACGACGUGAUUUUUUGCCUCGUUUGGGCGCACCGAUUCACUGUAUCGCACACACUCCGGACGAAUCGCUGCUUGCCCUGUGCUUCGGGGAUAAUACGAUCAAGCUGAUAAACUCUCGCAGCUUCUUCUUGCAAGUUAAAAUCGAAGGAAUAGGACUUUCCGCGCCUCUCGAACUUUUUCCGCUUCGCUCGUUCCGCCAAAGCUCGCACCCAGCCUCUCUUCUCAGACUGCUCUGGCGCCUCCAGAAAAUUCCUACCGGACUUAUUGUAGACCCCAUCUAUCAUUCCCUCGUCUUCGCCGCCACAGACGGACAGAUUCAAUUCUACUCUGCCCAAGAAGAUCGCAGCGUCGCGAAAAUUCAAAUAGGACACAAGACUCAGGUCAAAUACUUCCAAGACUACCAGAUCCUCAGCCCCUCCGUAACUCACAUAGCGUUCUCUAAGUCCGGGUCGUGGAUGGUCACCGCCAACGUCAGAGACUCCUACACUUCCUCGACGUCACUCAAGUUCUGGCAUUGGAAUCCACGCUCCUGUCGUUACGAGCUGCGCACGGCGUGUUCCCUCCGCGAGGGCGAGGGCGUCAAUUCUUUGGCGUAUCAUCCGAGCGAAGAAGUCUGUGCCGUAGCGAGCAAAGACGGAAAAUUCAAAGUCUGGAAAGUCAAAGUUGACGAAAGCAAAAAAAAAACUUUUUCUCCGUUUUCCAAUCAGACGUCAAAAAAAAAAGCUGACCCCAACCCAAAGCACGAAUGCUUCGUAUGGUACGUGGCAUCUAUAGGCGUCUAUAAAGGCAUGGUCCCGACCCUGUUGACAUUCUCGAGGGAUGGGUCGCUUCUUGCCGUCGCCUACCAACACAUCAUUACUAUUUGGGACUCGUCCCUCAACACUUGCAUCAAAGUCCUUGCCUAUCCACCCCCGUUUGAACACAUCUCCUCUAUGGAGUUCGUGCCCGCUACCUCAUACUUGGUCGCGUGCUCUAAAUGUACUCUGUACGUUUGGGACCUGCUGACGUGCAGGAUUCAUUGGGGGCAUCGCAUGUCCGCGGAAAUGCUUGCUGUGGACCCCAAAUCUACUCGGUUUGCUCUCUACGUACCUACACCUUAUCACCACCUCCGAAAGGUUGUUUCUGAAGGCGAUCGACUCGACCAUGUUUCCGACGGAUGCAUCUUCAUCUUCGACGUCUCUGACCCCGCUCCUAUCGGCUACUGGGUGCUUCCCGGAUUGGGUGUUCGCGGCAUCGCCUUCCUGCCCCCUCACCCGUCCUCUCCGGCCGCGCAAACGCCAGACGAGACUGUGAGUUCUCUCGUGUACCUGAACGGAGACAACGAGCUUAAAUUUCUUCUACAAAACUACCAGCGACGCGAAUCCGACGCCAGCAAGACCUUGAAAACGCACGCCCUUAGCUCGUUGGAACAACAACAACAGUUUUUGGAAAAACUCAACUCGACUAAACUCGUCGAAGGACCGUCUGUGUUCAAACUUAUGUAUGGGGGCGAAGACAACAACCUCAUUUCUUCGGCGAUCGACGCAGAGGUGGACCACGUUCCCGCUCCUUGCAACCGUGCCAUUGCGUCCAUUCCAGCGGUCACAUCCAAGGCAAAAACGCCAGAAAUACCCCUCUUGGACGCUGCUCCCCAAAGAGCAGUUAAGCUCACCGAAAAGUUACUGCAAGGCUUGGAGAGCGUAGAAAGCAAUGCGCUACCACCACCUACUACGUUCUACCCUGAAUUCAUUGACGCGCUCAUUCUCAGAUCAGACCAAACUCCGGCCAAACGCGAGCAAGCGAAGACAAGCCCUCAACUAUCAAACGAAGACGAACCCGUCAACAUACCUCACAUUCACCACCCAUCCUCCGACUUCCUCGAAAAAGAGCUCCGUCAACUAUCUCUGAACCACACCUAUCCAUUCCUCCAAAACUUCUUCGCCCAUCGCUUUGGCAAGUCGGCAGAACGCGUCCACAUGGAUGCGACAUCCCCUCAGCGCCCAGUGCAAGAAGAAACGCAAAACACAGGAUGUGCCUCGCCCGCCGGACAGUACACUCUGGCCGACGUGUCCAAGGCGUUCAGCGGCGCAAAUCGGUCGAAAAAAAUAAAAAAAACCUGACUUUCUCCGCUCGACGAA